CGGGAUCGUUACGAAAGAAGUGAGUGUUGAAUUAUGGGCGGUUAUGGAUUCGUGGGGUUGACGAGGAGAUAUCAAGCAAGGCUGCAACUGGAGCUCUGGUGUUUGGCCAAAGCAGCUGUAGCCUCUAGGCAGGCCCAGCUGCGCGUCGAGCUCAACCGCUGGGAGCUCUGAAUGCGGGGCAACAGAUUAUCCGAUCGCCGGUCAACGGAGUCAAGUUGCCAGAUCUUAAACCUCAUAUCGUGCCAUUCGUGGAUGCUGCUUAUUAGACUUUCAGUUGGGGAAAUAUUUAUAUACAAGCAAUUUUCUAACUUCUACUCAAACUCUCAAGAUUCCUCCCUCAGUUCCCUUCAUCCAUCCUGCAACCAAGAUUAGAUCCUCGUCUCGAUAUUCUCGGGAUCAUCCUUUUCCCGGACCGCGCCAAGUUCCAGAGACUCCACACACAAAGCAGCUUUCUUCGUGCGAGCUUGGUAUCGGCUAUUUCGGCUUCCUUCCUCCAUCUUCUCUCGCAAGAAAAAGAGGCUGAGCUGGCCUCUCCAUAUCAGGGGUGACUUACCCCCUCGUUACAAUCUUGGCGGGCGGCCAGGUGUUUCCCCCGCUCUCCUACUGCUCUCCUUGACAUUUGAGCUUUGCAAAAACAUGUAGGUUGCGCCUGAAACGCCUCCACGGCCCUCGACUUUAGCACAUUUCUACUGUGAUUCUAUCACCUACUGCUGUUGCCCUUACCUCUCUUUACUUCCACAGGUUCACGUAAUUCAUCAUGGAGACUCGUCCUACUUGGGAUUGGUCCUCGGUUGGGGGUAACUCUGCUCGACAGCCUGAACCAGAGCCACGUGCAGCGACACCGGAGCCUACAACGCGAUGGGCAUCUGCUCCAAAGCCCGAUACUACGUCUAACCAGGAGUCUCGAAGCGCGCCGAGACAGAGGCGCUACGGCCCGCGCACAUGUCGCAUAUGUCUCGACACUGAAGAGCCCAGGUUUCCUGAACAGUCAACAACGUUUGGUAUUCCUACAGGUUCAUCUCGACCUACAUACGUCUCCGACGAUCCCGAACUGGGAAGGUUGCUAUCACCAUGCAAGUGUAAAGGUUCGCAGAAAUAUGUUCAUGAAGGAUGCCUCAGCGCCUGGAGACUCGCAAACCCCAUGGAAGCAAGGAACUACUGGCAGUGCCCGACUUGCAAGUUUACGUAUCGCAUUUCUCGACUCCACUGGGGCUCCGUUUUGAGCAGCAAGUGGGCGCAGGUUGCUUUGACCGUCUGGUUCUGUAUACUGAGCAUUUUUGUCCUCGGAUUUAUUGCAGAUCCCCUCUUUGAUCUUUGGUCCGACCCAAUUGGAACAAUCGGCGAGACUGUCACAAGCGUGGUCACAGAUAUCGAAGCCUUGAGACAACCUCCACCACAAUUACCAACCUCUUGGUUUGAGCACUUCGUCAAGGGCUUCUUCUCCCUGGGAAUUGUCGGUCUAUUUAAGACGAUGCUUACUGUGUCUCCAUUCAGUUGGUGGCAGAUCCGAAGCAGCGGCGUGGCAGGUGGUAGUGGCAGGAGAGGAGGCACUGGCCGAAACCGUGUCGAGAACAUCAACCUCAUUUUUGUACUCAUUGGCGCAUUCACGUUCCUUGUGGGCAUCUGGAAAUUUGUUCAGAAGCUGAGUGCUCGCGUGCUCAAGAAUGUGAGCGACAGGGUUGUUGACGUCGGUGAAGACGACGACGAAGAUGAAGAUAUCGGCGAUGGACCGAAUCAAGGAAGUAAGAAAGAUCAAUGAAGCUAAGAAGCUUUUGUUCUCAAGCAGUUUUUUGUUCCCACAGCCCCAAUGCUUUACACCGUGUUUGUAUCUGCACACUCUUAAGUUGCCUAGAUCUUGCUCUUCCCUGUCAAGUCAACUAGUCUGUGUGCAAAGAUUUACGCUCUGCUGCGCCUUGGGCGAGAACCGUUUUGGCUCUUUGCUCGCUGGUCAGUAUGAGAUUAUCAACCUUCAUUCACGCAUCGUGAUGCUUUCGGGCGUUCAUAACGGUGUGAGGCAUCUGCUGGGUACACUACCCUCGUACAGAAGCAGUGAGCAGAUUGUCGGAUGUUGGUUGAUACAUGCCUGUAUUAUUAUAUAUCACGAAGAAACAAGACCUCUACUGUGGUCGAUAUAAUCAAUUAUUGUCUCGUUCAUCACCAU